AUGACUGCAAUUUUUGCUAUUAUAAUAUUUAUAUUCCACGCUUUUAUCUAUUAUGUAUACAGCGAAUACAUCGUUCUGCGACAUAAAUAUCCACCAGGACCAAUCCCAUUACCCUUCUUUGGAAAUUUCUUACAGAUUGAUCUAGCUUAUCCACAUCGUUCAAUGAUCAAGUGGAAAAAGAAAUUUGGUCCAAUGUUCACCAUAUGGCUUCCUGGGCCAGUCAUCGUACUUGCAGAUUAUAAACUUCUUCGUGAAGCACUAGUUAAUCAAGGAAACAUUUUUGCUGGUCGGCCAAUGUCAUUCGUUUACGGAAUCUUUAGUAAUCAUCAUCCAGAUGGUGAUGGGAUUAUCUUAUCUCAGAAUGAGAAGUGGAAUCAUCAGAGACGUUUCGCUUUAAGAGUUUUCCGAAAUUUUGGAGUGGGUAAGAAUAUGAUGGAGCAAAAGAUCCGAUAUUAUGCGGAUACACUCAUUCAACACCUAAAGAAGGAAAUAGCCGCUAGUGGACUGAAAACUGCAGUAAUUGACCUCCAUUUACCAAUUACAUUCUGCGUCGGUAAUAUUAUCCAUGAUCUAGUUCUCGGAAAAAAUUAUGAAUAUGGUGAUAAGGAGUUUUUGCGGUUCAAGAAACUAAUCGACUCUACUCUCAAAGAUUUCGUCAGUAUUCCAAUGUUACUUGUGGACCGUUAUCCAAUUAUCCGGUUUCUGUUGCCAACAUAUUAUCGUUACUGCAAAAAUGGUUUUGCACUACAGCGGUUUUUUUUAAAACAUAUUGAUGAACACGAAAAGGCGAUUAUCACUUCUACUGACAAAGAUGACGAACCGAAUGAUUUCAUUGACGCUUACUUGAAAAAUAUGAUUAAGUAUACUGAGCAAAGAGUAUAUAACAAAAUAACAUUGGCUCUUAAUUCUGGAGAUUUAUGGACAGGUGGAAUGGAAACAACGGUAACAACACUUCGCUGGGCGAUCAUCUAUCUUAUUCACAAUCCGGUUGUUCAGAAACUUGUCCAUGAUGAAAUAGAUAAAAAUCUGGGAACAAGAAUGGUCUAUUGGGCAGAUCGAACCAACAUGCACUAUACAAUGGCAGUGAUUUGUGAGGUGCAACGUAUCAUAAAUAUAUUACCAUGGCAUAUACCACAUGCUACUACUUCCAACACAACUUUGUAUGGCUAUAAAAUUCAGAAGGGUACAAUGAUAAUGCCACAAAUUGGUGCCAUUAAUUUCGAUGAAAAUCUUUACCCAAAUCCGGAAGCUUUUCAACCAUCACGAUUCCUUAAUAGUGAAGGUACUCUUCGCAACUCUGAGCAUUUGAUACCGUUUGGUAUUGGGAAGCGAUCGUGUUUAGGAGAAGCACUUGCUAGAACAGAACUUUUUAUCAUCUUGACAACUUUGCUGCAGAAUUUCGAAUUCACUGCUGCAUAUGGGAAACCACCAAGCUUAAAACGACAUCCUGGAAUGGUAUCAGUACCCCAAGAGUACGUAUGCCAGAUACGCACUCGUAACGAAAUGGCUUAA